AUGACCGAGCAGACUGAAAAGGCUCGAUUUCUUAUCGUUAGGGGGGGCGCGGUGUUUCGUAGCGGCCCUGUUGUUUACGGCGGGGAUCCUUCUUGGGCUCUCUGUCACAGGGUACUAUGUACCUAUAUGAUGAAAGGAAUGGAAUAUUUUUUAUACAAUAAGCUACCGCGAUCCAUAAACGCGGCUACCGCCGCUGUUGCUUCGUCCAGUAUUACUGCGGACCGUUCUCCAACCUUUUAG